CCCCAUUUAGAAAAACACGCUAAAAGAAAAUUAGAUGACAAGGUAACAGGGAAGCACGUAUUGGCGCAGUAAUAAUUGAUAUAAGUCGAGAAACGACGUAGUUCCUGGCAGCAGUUGGGAAGCCCGAUCUGGAUCUCUUUACAAAAGGCACAGCAGUGUUUGAGUGUUGAGUAAUUGAGAUUAGAUAAGAAACACACAAAAAGGAAAAAAAAAUGGCGGAAUCAGAUAAGGGAAUAGUGAAGCACAUAUUGAUCGCAAAGUUCAAAGAUGAAAUCUCAGGCGAUCAAAUUGAGCAACUCAUCAAAGACUAUGCCAAUCUCGUCAAUCUCAUCGAACCCAUGAAAGCUUUCCACUGGGGUACAGAUGUGAGCAGUGAGAAUAUGCAUCAGGGUUUCACUCAUGUGUUUGAAUCUACGUUUGAGAGCACUGAAGGUAUUGCAGAGUAUGUGGCUCAUCCCGCUCAUCUUGAAUAUGCUAAUAUCUUCUUGCCUACUUUGGACAAAGUUAUCGUUAUUGACUACAAGCCAACUGCUGUUCAUCUCUAGAAUAUUGGCCUUCUUAUUAUCUGCUACAUAUGUGGUUGUGAUGCCUGUUUUCUAUGUAUUUGAUUUGUGUUCUUCUUCUUGAUUUUUGUUUUUGUUUAUUAGACCCCAAUAUGCAGGCUGCUGCAAUAUAUAUAUAAUCAUUCAACUUUCUUUAUUCAA